AAUUAAAUCGAGCACGGAGGAAGUAAAGCGUCUCCUGGUUUCUACGCCGCCAGCCGGUGCCGGCUUUUUUCAGACCUCCCUCGCCCCGAGUUCAUGGCUCCUGCGUCGCGGAUCGCCGACCUGAAGCAAGCGGGCAACGAACAGUUCCGCAAUGGGCAAUACGGCCAGGCGGCUGCGCUCUACGGCCGAGCUCUGGAAUUGCUGGAAGCGGCAGGGGAUGUGAAUACAGAAGAAAAAAGUGUUCUCUAUUCCAAUCGUGCUGCUUGUUAUUUGAAAGAUGGGAACUGUAGUCUUUGCAUUAAGGAUUGCUCUGCCGCUCUGGAUCUGGUUCCUUUUGGAAUCAAACCUCUGUUGAGGCGGGCAGCAGCCUAUGAAGCCCUUGAACGAUACAAUUUAGCUUAUGUGGACUACAAAACUGUAUUACAGAUUGAUUGCACUGUACAGGCUGCACAUGACGGAGUCAAUAGAAUGACAAAGGCUUUAUUGGAAAAAGAUGGUCUUCAAUGGCGCCAGAAGUUACCCCCCAUCCCAGCUGUUCCUGUUUCUGCUCAGAGAAGGUGGGAGCCUCCUACUGGAAGCCAGGAAGAUACUCCAAGAGCCAAAGCAAGUAAUUCUGUUCCUGAAACAAACCAAGUGCCUAAUGCUGCCUCAAGUGAACGAGCAAAUAUGCUGAAACUAGAAGGAAAUGAAUUUGUGAAAAAGAACAACUAUAAGAAAGCUAUUGAAAAAUAUACAGAGAGUAUAAAACUCCACAAGAUGGAAUGUACAACUUACACUAACAGAGCUCUUUGUUACCUGAAUCUGAAGCAGUACAAAGAAGCAAUUGUGGAUUGCUCAGAAGCCCUUAAAAUAGAUCCUAAAAAUGUCAAGGCAUUUUACAGACGAGCACAAGCAUAUAAAGAGCUUAAGGACUAUAAAUCCAGCAAAGCAGAUAUCAACAGCCUCUUGAAAAUUGAACCAGAGAACGGUGCUGCUAAGAAACUACAACAAGAACUAAACAAGCUUUUAAAAUAAGAUAGCUAGAACUUUGUACUUUUCUGAUAUGUUUUUGUUU